CUGUGGCGCUUCGCAGUGCUUUUCCGUGCUGCUUCCGACGAAGAAGAUGGACCGGUCACCGCCAAUACGCCAUCGCCCUCCCAGCCGCGGCGGCGGGAGAGGCGGCGGACGCGGCGCUGGGCCCCCGCCUCCACUGCCGCAACACCCGUAUCCUUACUAUCCUCACGCUGGAGCCUGGACUCCUCCGACUCUUCUCAUGACACCACAGGAUCAUCAUCAUCAUCAUCCUCCUUUCCAUCAUCCUCACCAGCAUCAGCAACAGUUUUUCCCGAGCAACAUAGAGCGGCUGGAGAUGAUCGACUGGGCCGUCGCGAAGGCUCGGCAGGAUCUCCUCGCCGCCGGAUUGAGCAUCUCAUCCUGGAAGGUCUCGCAGGCCGCGGUGUUGGCUCUGCAGGUCGAGUCGUGGAGCUCCUUAGGAUUCAGCAUGCAGCAAGUGCCAUCUCUCCAGAGCUUAAUGGUUGUUGAGGGAAGGAUAAAUUCAUUUAUCCAUUGCUUUGUCGAAACCCGGAGAAUCACCUCAUUGUAUGAUCUGGAAAGAGCAAUCUGUGAAAAUGAGGGCAUUGAACGAUUUGAAGGGCUUGCACUGGGCCCAUUUUUGCGACAUCCCCUUGUUACUCAAUACUUUUCCCUGAACAGCGAUGUGACUGAAGUGUUCAAGAUAACAAGUGGGCAGAUUGUAUGGUACCUUGGUAAAUUUUUAUCUGAACGCAGGAGUAGAGAAGGCGUUGAGAUUGGGGACCUCCUCAGCUUUAUAGCCAAAAAGAAAUCAGUCUCACAAGUGGAAAAGCUUGGAAUACGAAUUCAAAGCUUGGGGUGUCAUAUAUCCUUUAUCUUACGUGCAAAGAGAUCGGAAGUGACAUGCUUGAGGACAUAUUUGAAGGAAGAUUCUAUCAGCAAGGACUUAAGUUUUGCUUAUUUAAGUUCAGAUGAGGAAUUCAGUGAUGACUUGUUAAAUGAAGAUUAUAAUUGGAAUGGAGAUGGAAAAUCAGGCCAGUACAUGCUACUUGAUGCAUCUAUGAGUUCGCAGAUGAUUGAGAGCGAAAAUUUCACUCAUGCAGAAUGGCUUAAAAGAGACACGGAAGAGCGGGACAUAAUUCUGAUGGAUGGAACCAAUUUCACAAAAAAGGGUAGGAAAAAGAAAGGUGUUAAACUGGUUCUGGAGCCUAGUUCUAUGAGAAUUUUCAUGAAAAAAUGGAAGGAUGAGUGUCGAGCAUGUUCUCUUCCCGUGGUCAUGGAGAAAAUGCUAAACAUGUAUGUACCCAACCAGAAAAGGCGACGCAAGAUGGGCACCAUGCUUGCUGCAUAUCCCUUUGGUUGGGUUGUUGAAUGUUGCUUUAAGCUUGUAGAGGAGCCAAUGGAAGUGGGACGUGAAACUAUGUGGGGAAAGAAGGAUGAGGACAGAAUCAGAGAGGCUGUGCCUUGUCUGAACAUCUAG